AUGAAUUUCAAACAAAACAAACUUACUGAUGACGAGUUGGCCAAAAUUAACUUUUUUAAUUCCGUGUUAAAUUUUGAACCUGCGAAAACAAAAGCACCUGCAGAUGCAGAGUUGUGGGUGCAGUACAAGACCACUAAAAAAGAAGUUGUCACGUAUGAAUACAUAAUCAUAAACCGUGCUACCUUCGAAGAGAAACAUGUGAAUGAUAUUUGCACAAUCACGGGAAUUGUUAAAGAUCUUUCUACGCGUGUUGAACGUGAUCAUGAAUCGAGAAUGAUCACAUCUUUAUGCGAGAGAGGUCUGAUCACAGAUCGGUCUAAAGCAUCCAAAGAAGAGCUUCUUGUCGUGAAUUACAACAAGGCGCUCUUCUCUGACUCUAGCAAAAAAUCUAUAAAGGUGCUUCACAAACACACAUUUCAGUUUCUCUUUUUCAACGAGAAGAAUAUCACCAAGGAACGAGUUGGAGAUAUUCUGAAGUAUGGUACAACAGUCAUCCGAAUCACCGAUGAGAAUCCAAAAGCAUCGAUCAGAGAUCUUGUGAAGAGCACAAGAUCGAUGAUCGAGUUUCCAGAAAGUUCUACCGCAGAUAUAACUGAGAAGUCCUCUAGAAAUAAUCAUGCAACCAUCAUGCAACCAUCUUACAUGACAAAAGGUUGGAACACCAUCAAGAAGGAUCUUGAAAAAUAUCCUGAGAUCGCAACACAAAUGGGAAAAACUACAGCUGAAGUUGAGGAAAUCGUGAAUAUGUCUCUUAUCAAUGAUACGGUGAACAUGCUUGCUGGGCAAUUCGCAAGAGAGUAUGGUAACAAGAUGACCGUGCCUCAUGAUGUUGAGGCUAUUGGGCAAAAGAUCAUAGAAUUAUCAAAAUUGUUUGCAUCGAUCAAUCUGACCCCACCCCCAAACGAAAAUAAGAAUCAAACAGAAGAGAAUAAAAAUGAUAGCAACAAGAGAAUUAAAAAAGAACCCAAUUAA